AUGACAACCACUGUUCAUUCUCAGUCCUGCACGGGCUGGUCGCCGUGGUCCGCCUGGAGCACGUGCUCCCGCAGCUGCGACGGCGGCGCCUCGUCCCAGCUGCGCCGCUGCCGCUCGCCCGCCGGCUGCCGCGGCGAGGCCGUGCGCUACAAGAUCUGCAACAUGCAGCCGUGCCCCGAGGGCGCCGAGUUCCGCGCGCAGCAGUGCUCGCAGUUCGACGCGGUGCCGCACGAGGGCGGGCUGCUGCGCUGGACGCCGCACUACGGCGACCAGGAGGCGCCCUGCGCGCUCACGUGCCGCGGGCAGGCGGCGGCCGGCGACGCCGUGGUGGCGCGCCUCGCAGACUCCGUGCUGGACGGCACGCGCUGCCGCCCCGGCAGCCUCGACAUGUGCAUCCGCGGCGAGUGCCAGGUGGUGGGCUGCGACCUGGAGAUCGGCUCGCUGAAGAAGGUGGACGAGUGCGGCGUGUGCGGCGGCGACGGCUCGUCGUGCGCGCGGCCGCUCUACCACUGGGAGGAGACGGCGUCCUCGCUGUGCUCCGUCACCUGCGGCGGAGGGUACAAGAUGUCGACGCCGGUGUGUCGUAACCGCGUGUCGGGCCAGGCGGCACAGGAGGAGCUGUGCGACGCCUCCCUGAGGCCCGACCCGCAGGUGGUGCAGUGCAACGGCCACCCCUGCCCCGCCAAGUGGGCGAUAGCCGAGUGGGGGCCCUGCUCAGCCAGCUGCGGCGGCGGAGCCCGUCUGCGGCAGGUACACUGCGCGCAAGAAGCCAACGGCACCAAGCUCAAGGUGCCGGACCACCUGUGCCACGGCCGCAAGCCCAGGCACCAGGAGAGCUGCGGCCAGGAGGACUGCCCGGCCUGGAUCACGGACUCCUGGAGCGGGUGCUCGGUGUCGUGCGGCGAGGGCUACCAGGCGCGCGGAGUGCACUGCAAGGACGCGGCGGGGGCGGCCAGCAUCCUGUGCGACCUGGCGUCCAAGCCGGUCCCCGCUCAGCCCUGCCGCACGGGCAUCCCCUGUCCAGCGCGCCGCAGCUCGUCGCCGGAGGUGUACCUGGGGCGAGGCCACACGCAGCCGCUGGUGCACCCCUACCCGCCGUCGCCCUCCCGCGCCACGGCGCAGAGGCUGGUGGGCCAGCAGGUGGUGCCGUCAGAGUCCACCCAUUUCGAAAUGUUGUUUGCGUGCGGCUGGUUGUAUUUGAGCUUCAUCGCCGAGGAGUGGGGCCCGUGCUCGGCGAGCUGCGGCGAGGGGGUGCGGCGGAGGGAGGUGCACUGCAAGAUCUUCCUGGAGUUCUCCAAGACCAUCGCGCGCCUGCCCGACGAGAAGUGCCAGGGUCCGAGGCCGCGCGACCUGGAGCCGUGCGCGCGCCCGCCCUGCCUCGCCAACGAGAUCGGGGUCGUUGUGCGUGACGACCCAACGAGGUCGGCCAUCAAGGUGGCCGCCGGAACCUCGGGCCUGACCUACUCGUGGAAGGACCAGGGCUUCACGCACUGCAGCGCCUCUUGCCUCGGAGGCGUGCAGGAGUCGCUGAUCACGUGUGUCCAGGACCACGACCAGAAGCCCGUGAGCCCGUACCUGUGCGCGCAGGAAGCGCGGCCCGAGGCCAUCAUCCGCACGUGCAACGACGUGCCGUGCCCGCCGCGCUGGAACUACUCCGACUUCCAGCCGUGCACCAAGCCGUGCGGCUUCGGCAUCCAGACGCGCGAGGUGAACUGCAUCCACGAGGUGACGCGCGGCGGCGCCAACACGGUGGUCGUGCCGAGCAGCAUGUGCCCGCAGCCGCCGCCGCCCGACCGCCAGUACUGCAACGUGCUGGACUGCCCCGUGCGCUGGCACGCCGCCGAGUGGAGCAAGUGCUCGCGGAGCUGCGGCGGCGGCGUGAAGACGCGGCAGGUGGACUGCAAGCAGGUGAUGGCGCAGAACCACGUGGUGCCGCGGCCGCCCUCCAAGUGCCCCGCUGCCAAGCCGGCCGACAGGAAGCCCUGCAACACCAAGGCGUGCGCCCCCGAGACGGAGCGGCCGCACAUCGCCGCCUCCAACACCACCUACGUGCAGCAGAAGGCGGCCAAGAAGAAGGUCACGCUCAAGGUGGGCGGCCAGGCCACCGUCUUCUGGGGCACGCAGGUCAAGAUCAAGUGCCCCGUCAAGAGGUUCAACAGAACAAAGAUUCUGUGGACCAAGGAUCGCACCACUUACCUUUCUAACAACAAGAAGUACAAAAUUUCAAAAAAAGGUGCAUUAAGAAUUCAAGACGUCACACACAGAGAUAGUGGCGUAUAUACGUGCGUCGCCGGGCUGUCGACGGCAGACCUGGCGCUGGCCGUCAGGUCGCGCCCGGGGGAGUUCCUCAGCUCGGAGGAGAUCGAGCACCAGAACAGGAACGGCAACCGGAUACCGGACCGCGCCGGACUCGACGACCCCAACAUCGACAUUCAAGCGGGCCCCAUCCACGACGCGCGACGGCCGUUCCCGCUGGGGGACGACCUGAGCCACGAGAAGCCCGGCGAGGUGCUGCCCCCGCCGCCCCAGAAGGCGAACCGCCUCUGGCCGCCCGACACGCCGCCGCCGCCGCCGCCGCCGCCCCCGGCACGCGGGCCCGACGAGGUAACUGUCUCCGACCCUCGCCGCCAGCAGGUGCCCGCGGCCGCGCCCUCUCGCGGGCCGGUCGCGGCGACGGAGCCCCCCGCGUCGCCCCCGCGCAUGUCCGACUCGGUGGGCGACCCCCCGCCCGUCAGCUCGGGCGGGGCCCGCCCCUUGCCGCACAUCCAGCAGCUGUUGGCCAACCUGCAGGAUGUUUGGCCGUUCCAGACGUUCAGCAACUCACGGGGCCACCGAACGGUCACAGACGCGUUCGAACCCGAGCAAAACCACACCGAGGAGUCGGACGAGAUGGACGGCAUGGAUGCCCUCGGCUCGUUUGUCAUCCUGGGGAAAGGUAAACCCGAGAACUUAAAGUUUGAUUGGGUUAUUUCCGAGUGGUCAAAAUGUUCUGAAUCGUGUGGUGGAAGUGGUUUCCAGAUGCGGGCUGCGCACUGCACGGUCCAGCUGCACAACAACACGCAGAGCGUGGACCGCGCGCUGUGCGAGGACGCCGGCCUGGAGCAGCCCUCCACACUGCAGAAGUGCGGCAACGACAACUGUCCCAGGUGGACCCCCGGGGCGUGGUCCCCGUGCGAGGUCUCCCGCUGCUUCACGUGGAACACGGCCAUGCAGAGGCGCGACACCAAGUGCCAGCUGAGCAACGGGACGGAGGCGGACGCCCGCCUGUGCGGGGAGGAGCGGCCGCCGCAGCGGCAGGAGUGCUACAACGACAAGUGCAAGGGCACCUGGAAGGUCGGCGAGUGGUCCGAGUGCGCGGCGCCCUGCGAGACCCAGGGCAUCAAGUACCGCAUCCUGCAGUGCGUGUGGUUCGGCACCAAGAAGCCGGCGGGCAACGCGUGCCGCGACCAGCCCCGGCCCUCCGUCAUGAAGGUGUGCAAGGGCCUGCCUUGCAGCCACGUGUCGGAAUGUAAAGACAGGUCCAAGUAUUGUCAGAAUGUGAAGGCAAUGAAUCUAUGCAGGAUCACCAGGUACCACUACCAAUGCUGCCAGGCCUGUCGUAACAGGGGCUAGAAAAUUAGUUACAUUCUCAGAAUAUUGUUUGCAACGUAGCGAAUAUGCAGAAACAUACUGGUCAAAAGACAGUCCACCAUCUGCUGGUAGUGCACGACUAAGGAAAUUGCAAAGGUUUUCACGAUGGUUCGAAAGACUCACCAAAUAUGGGUCGUUAUAAACAUACUUUUUGUUUGUUUUUUUUAAGCAUUAUCUGUGACUAACAGUGACGUGCGUUAUUUUCAUGGUAGUUUGCCAAGUGAGAAUCGUGGACCAGAAAAGAAACCAACAAUUAGCGCGCGUAAAGAAAGUGGCAUGGUGCAUUGAGCUCUGCCGAGUAGAAGCAUGUGAUUGGUGCUUUUGAACGAGCUCUCAUCCACAUCGUCAGCGGGAAGAGAAGAUGGUGGAGGAGCUGGGCUUGAAGCGAACGUGACAACCUACAAGUGUCUGUGUUGUCGUGUGUAACUAGAUCAAUGGUUGCUUCGAUGUAUUGUGAGAAAGCGUUGCUUGCUAUGCGUUACUUUAUGUUGCCUUGUUGACUCAUGUGCACAAUCAGAAUUUUCUACGAUGAUUGUAAAUGUUCGGUCCAUUUGAAAUAGCACUGCACAUUUUGUUUUGCCUUUACACGAUAACUGUACAAAAUUGUCAUGUAAUUCCACCUACUCCUGCUGUCGGAAUUGUUCUCAACAUCUUACUUGUACAUAAAGUAAUUAGGUUUAUGUAGUUCAUAUUAGAAAACAUUGUCCUCCUAGAUACCCAUAAUUAUUACAAAUAUAGAUUUUUAUUGAUUCAAAGUUGCCACAGGUGUUUGCCAGUCUGCAUACUUAAAUAUAUUACAUAUUUAUGAAUGAUUCCUUAAUAUGCUAUUUUAUUAAUUUAUCUAUAUCAGUCACAAAGUUUAUACAUAUGUGUAUGCAUGUAGCCAAAGCGAACCCUAUUUCCAAGUGUGUUUUUUUUUUUUAUGAAAAGACACUAAAAAGGAGCUUGUGUUCAUUCACCUUACUUUUAUCAACAAAUUUAGUUACCAGGAUUCAUUUAAGUUAUUAUAGAAUUAUAUCAUCUUAGUAAAAUGCAUGAUCUAAAAUCUAAAUAAAAAAAGGCACUGUAUAUAAUACUUUGUAUGCAAUACAGUUGUAUAAUACAGUGUUACACACUGAAUUCAAUAUACCAACCUUUUCUUUUAUAUAAGUAAUUUUGUUGUAGCUGACAUUAUCAAGACCACACAUUAAGAAUUCCAGUUCUUUGUUUGUCAAAAUUGGUACUUAUUUGGUACCCGCCUUAAUUUUUAAGUUUUACAAGCUCAUAAUUCUAAAUAAUAGUUCAUGAUUUAGUAUAAUGCAUUUAAGAAUAUUAUUGGUAAUUGUGCAAAAUGCCUGGCAUAAGUCAUGAAUCAUGAUUAGGGACAUGAUUUUAUGGUUUUAUAUUUAGGUAAAUUUCAUUUUUAAUACAGGGGAUUUCAGUGUUGUUUUUAUAUUAUGUUUAUUCAUAAAAAUGUUGUAUUUUUAAACAAAUAAGAUACUAAAAUAUUUCUUAGCUCUUAUUUCACCAAAGUAGUCUCAUUUUGACUGACAAGUGAUGCACUUAUACAAUAAAAUAAUUUGUAAUUAGUAUGACUUGAAAAGAACUAGUACUUGGAAAAAUAAAAAUAAGUCAGCAUAUUUUUGAGUAUUUGAAAAAUGUGAAUGUGAUUCACGUUAACUAUGUAACUUUUACAUUUUGGUACAAAAGUCAUGCUAAAUAAUUACAUUCAAUGAAUUUAUAAUGAUACAAGAUAACAUAUUUGUGGUUUUAGCUCAAUUUUGUCCAAUUUCUGAUUGAUUUCAUUUUUUUUAGUUAAAUUUUGGUGCUAUGUGUUGUAUAAACAUGCUUUGUGGUGUAAUUUUGAUUUUAUCACAAUUCAUAUAAUCUUGUUCCUAAUCAUGAUCUAUUAGUACCCAAUCAAGGACCCAUAAGAUUCUGACUUUAUUGUAACCCGAAGGACUUACUGUUUAAAUGUUUUAUACUCAACCAAAACCUGUGACUUUUUUUUUAUUGUCCUGUUACAAUUUUUAUCAGUACUAAGCAAAUAUUUUAGAGUAAUUAAUCAAAACAGUAGAUCAUAUUUUUAUGUAAUAACAAUAACUAAUGUACUGUUUGGAUAUUAUGCUUCAAUUCAAAUGGAAGGUUGACUUCUAGCAUUACUGGAAAAUGGGCAUCACUAUAAGCAAAUUUUGGAUGAAUUUAUUUAUCAUACGGAAAACCAAAAUACACAGUUUGGUUUAUACUUGCCACAAUCUGUCGGUUUACAAAGUAGGCUAAACUUAAUUAUGCCAACUAAUUAAAAUGAACAAUGUUAGGAAAUCUUAAAAGUACGGUACAAAUCUUACUAUAAACAUUUUAUAUGCUCAUGUUGAUAUCAUAAAUAUAAUUAUGUUCCUAACAAAUAUGUCUCGCAGGAUAGUACAAUAGCCAUUAAACAUAUUUAUUUAUGGAUAAUCAGAAUAAUUGAUCAAAUUAAUCAACUGAAGUAAGAUAAAAUUAAGAUUUUUAAAAACAAAGUAGGAAAAAAUUUAUGUAAGCAUUUCAACAUUCACAAGCUUCCUAUUUUUUGUUACAAUGUGAUCAUAAUGUGCAUUUGCAUUACCUGCUGUGUUGUAAAACCAUUCUCUUUUCAUUGGUUGUUCAGAGUACAUUACUGGUACUUGAAUGUGUUCGAACAUACAGCUUCCAAUAUAAAAGUGAAUUAGUUUUGUGCUGAGAAAAUGUGUUCAAAUUUGUUGUAAAGUAUGUGAGAAACGAUGAUUGUAAGUAUGCAAAUUGUGUUCGAAACACACUUUUUCGCAUUGAGUUUGGUACUAGCUACUAGCAUGUUAAUUUAACAUGAACAUCCCUUUUGUAACCAGUGGAACCAGUACAGUAUUAAUUCACAUAGUUAUAUGUAGCUUUAGAUGACCAUAGAUUUUAAAAUAAUUUUAGUUGUUGAUCUCUCUGGGUGUUUCCAGCAUAAUAUUAGCAUAACUGCAUUCACCAAAUGCAAUGACAAUUAACUUGUAAUUAGGAAGACUACUUACUACGCAUAGCAAUACAUGACAUGUUUGAAUAGUUUUUUGCUGUUAAUGAAAUAUUCAACAAAAAAUGUUAUUGGAGUUAUAUAGGAAUAUAAAUUUGUUGAUCAGAUGAAAUCGUAAAAGUUUAAAAUACCGUACAAAAAUAACCACGGAUGAGUUAUUUAUCCUAUUCACGGAAGAAAGGUGUUGUGCAAUCACAGUUAAUUUUCAUUGUUUUUCCCAUUUUUGCUAACAGUUUUCCGUUUGCAUGCUGUAAGAUAUUUCUUUCCAUGAAUGUUGAAUAAAAAAUUUUAGCCUUUGGUUUUGAAUUUUUUUUCUUUGGGUAUAACUGUGAAGAUUAAGGCACAUACCUGGUGGCUAUAGGUGACAGUUUCCAACAUAGUUGUCACAUUUGUGUAAUCUUGUACUGUGAUUUUGACUGAUGUUAGGAAAAUGUUUUAAUCUAAUGAUUAAGUCAAUGUUACAAAUUACGUGUUUCUCUGUACCAUUGGCAAAAAAAAAUUGUACAUUUUGUUUUAGGAAGCUUAAUUGGGCAUGUACAUUGAAAAAACUAAUAAAACCACUUCUGUGGAGUGGUUUAUAUUGCAAUACAUUGAAGGUAAUGAAUUAAUAAUAGAUAUAUAAUAUAUACAUUGUUGUAUAUGUUCUGUACAUCUGAAACUGCUCUUGUUGAUAUAAUAUGUUUAUUUUACAAUAAAUCAUGAAUACAUUCCCUGUA